AUGAAUCCAGAAGAUUCUCUUACAACUCUCAAAAUCCUCCUGAUUGGUAACUCGAAUGUCGGCAAAUCUUCUCUCUUACUACGAUUUACGGACGAUACUUUUUUACCUCAGGACGAAGUCUCGGCCACGAUAGGUGUUGAUUUUAAAGUUAAAAUAAUCGAAGUGGAAGGUAAAAAAUAUAAGCUCACCAUUUGGGAUACUGCAGGUCAAGAACGUUUCAGAACUCUCACAUCUUCAUAUUAUCGUGGAGCACAAGGAGUAAUUCUUGUUUACGAUGUGAGCAAUCGAGAAACAUUCGACGAACUAGAAAACUGGUUCACCGAAUUAAGCACUUACUGCACAAACAAAGAUGUUAUAAAAAUACUUGUUGGGAAUAAGCUCGACAAGGAAACAUCACGCGCCAUAUCUCGUAAAGAAGGUUUAGCAUUCGCACAGAAGUCUAAUACAUUGUUUAUUGAGUGUAGCGCCAAGACAAGAGAGGGUGUGGAAGAGGCAUUUGAAGAACUUCAAGAACCUCGGAAUAAGGUUAUUGUUUCACAACCUCCAAAAGAUUACGAUGAUGGAUCAUGUUGUUAG